AUGCCAGGCACAGCAGGGAGAGGCGAUCUGCCGCCGACAAAAACAAUCAUCGUCUACAAGAACGGAGACGCUUUUUUCCCCGGAAGAAAAAUAGUUGUGAAUCCGCGCCAUCUGUCAACUUUUGACAACUUGUUGACGUCUUUGACCAGAGGGAUCGAGGCUCCGUUUGGCGCCGUGCGGAGGCUGUACACUCCCACAGAGGGCCACAAAGUUCAGAAUCUGGACGCCUUGGAGCAUGGGAGUGUCUAUGUUGCAGCCGGAAAUGAGCAGUUCAAAAAACUGGAGUAUUGUGAGAUAACAACCAAGAAGCCACAGAAAAAGAAAAUAGAACAGAUUCGGCCUGUUGUUCACAGCAGAAUAAUAGUUUCUGCUCGUUGGGGGAGAACUACCCAUGAGUCUUGCACGAUAAAUGUUUUUACCAACGGCGAUGUCUUUGUCGCUCCGGUUCGAAUGCGGAUCCCAAAAUAUACUCUCAGAAGCUGGGAACAUGUCUUAGCCAUGGUCACAGAGAAAGUGCAUCUUCGCACCGGUGCUGUGUACAGGCUUUGCACAUUAGAUGGACGUCCUGUCUGCGGCCCGACUGAACUGGAGAACAACCAGCACUAUGUUGCAGUUGGUGCAGAAAAGUUUAAAGCUCUCCCAUAUGAUCACUGCGUCCCCUUCAGGGAUCUAAUCAGCCAAGACAUCCUGCCUGCUGUUAAAAAGACAAGACAUCCAGAGGAUACGUUUGCUCACACAGGCUUUAGAGAGGACCUUGAGCACACAGCCAGGGGCCAGAUGAAGAAACAAGCCAGACCGACGAGAACCAAACAACGGAGGCAGGUGUCCAGAAACCCAGUUCUCUUCUCAACAGGAGAGGGCAGCGUGUUCAAUGCACAAAACAAAAGGAGUGAGAUGGCAGGAGCAGCGGAGGUGCAGGAAGACGGCCAGUUGAAGGUGGACCUGCCUAUUGAUCAGGUUGAGGCCAAGAUAGUUGACGAGGAGUAUGUGGAUGGGAGUUGUUCUGCGAAUCCCUGCAAGGCCUCCCUCCAUGUUUCAAACGGCUUGUUUCUGCAGAGGUCUUUGUCUGCAGGUUCCAGGAAACAUGAGGCUAAAGAGAGGGAGGUGUCUCCCAGGCGCUGCAGUAUACGGUCACGAGUGUCCCGGUUUUUCAAGGUGGAUGGUGAUCUCAUGGUGAAAACACUGGGGCAAAGAACGUUGUCAAUAUGGCAUUCACAACUGCUGUUAUUUCCCCCAGGACAUGGAAUCACACAUUUGAAACAGUCCUCCAGGGAGAUAUUUAGACAACAGACUGAUCCAAACUGCUGGUAACUCAAACCUCGCU